CCGCUGCACUUUGCAGCUCGGCAUGGGCACGAGGAAACUGUACAGCUGCUAUUGGAAAGAGGUGCUGAUAUUCAGGCAAGAGAUAGCAGGAACCAGACGGCGCUACAUCUUGCAGUCAAAGGGGGAAACAAGGGGGUCGUGGACAUCCUACUAAAGGCAAAGGCCGACGUCAACCAAAAGAGCAAGGAAGGCCUUACUGCACUCCACUUUGCGGCUUUGAGUGGGCAUAAGGAAAUCCUCAAGAUGCUGGUG